AUGGAUUCCAAGAUGGACGUCGUCACUACUCCGGUUAAGAACCUUAAGCGUGCCCGUUCUCCAUCGGAGGAGGAAGACGAUGGGCAAGCACGAGAUAGCACCUCCAACAACACCAUCGACAACACCACAACCACCACCAAUACAACCAAGGCCUUUGGUGCUAAACAAGUCUCCUCGGCAUCUUCACCGCUUGAUCUUGGAUUGCCGGACUUCCUCGUCUCGCCGUUUUCGUCUGCGAAACGUCUUUCAUUGGGACAUAAUUCGGAUGAUACCCGUCGAAUCACUCGCCAUGCUGCUGCAGCUAACGACCCGUCUCGCAAGGAUCCAUUUGAAGUUUUACCAGAUAAUGUGGUUCGCAUGAUUAUCUUCUUGUUGCCACAUAAGAGCAUCGUCAAGCUUCGAAGGGUUAGCAAGUUCUGGAAGGGCAACGUGGAGUAUGUUAUUACUCAGGCUGUUGUUGAGAAGGCGUAUGGAGGAAGAGAAGCGACGGAGAAGUUGAAGAGGGAAGGGAAGCUAGGAUGGCCAGAAUUUGCCUUCAGAAAAAAUGCCUUCCUUGAAAACGCUCGUACCGCCGGCGCCCCUACCUCUGUCAAAAAAUUUACAAAUGCUCAACUGUGGGAGCUUGUCGGCGACAGACUCGUCUGGAUCGAUGACAGCACUAACCUCAACGUCCAGCAUCUCAGUGCUUGGGAUGUCAACGAACGUAAAGAUUCUCUUGUCGCACUCGCCGGAAACCCUAGGGCCUUCUCGAAGAACAAGUUCCUCCACAGCGUCAUCGCAGAUGAACAGCGAAAGGCAUCUGCUGAGCGACCGAAACGCUCCACCAAGAAAGAAAAGGCCCCGGAGGCAAUCAUUAUCCGUUGGUCAUUACGCGAUACUCUCAAAAACCGUCGUACUAAGAUCAAGGUCAACUUCUUGGUUCCGUAUGGAUCGACUCAUAUUAUUCUCGAUUAUUUCCAAUGCGAUGAAACUGGGGCUGUUCAUGAUCGCUGGAACCAUAGGUUCCUCCCUCAAACUACUAGUCGUAAUAAGCUCGCCUGCAUCAAUAUCAUCACCGGAUAUGCCGAUUGGAACAUCAACUUAGAGGACUUUCGCCUCGCUUUUCCACCAUCCCAUGGUCUCUACCUUCGUCCACGCUACCAAUACGGCUCGCCAUCUUACUUGAUCCAUAAGGACAAAGCCUACUCCUUCACAAGCCCCGACCGCCGUCACCCCUUCGUUCCCCACAAUACCGGGGAACAUAGGGUUUUUCUCACAGUCCGUGACUGCAAAACCGGGGCCACCAUCGAGCAUAAAGAGAUGAAAGAGAUUGGAGAUGAGUUGGUCAACCACCAGUAUCCACAACCGGAACAUACCAUCAUUAGUCCGGACGGGAGAUUGAUUGUUCUCAACCUCCACCGCAAUCUCUGGAUCUGUAACGCGCAAACUCGAACCUUUGUCGAAAAAGUCGAAUUGCCUUGGCUACAGUAUAGUAUUGUGGGUUCACGGUUUGAUCUCGAGUUUAACGAAGACGGAAGCCGCCUCUAUUUAACGGAAGAAUGCAAUGGCGCUGAUUUCAACGUUAUCGAGCUCGAUUCGAACGACAAGUUCAAGCCUGUUUUUAUCAAAAGCUACCACGUCCCAACUAAGAACAACUUUGUUAGUCGCACAAGCUUCAACCACAAGUUGCAGACGCAGGUCUUGACCACCCGCAACCCAUCCCAACCGAUGUCAGGAGAAUGGAGACCGGAGAUCGUCAGGUUUAUCAGCAUGGAUGAGUUGAUGGAAGAUAUCCCCAAGGACCUCUGGGCUGCGGAAUGGAAGUUGCAACUUGCCAACCCUAAUGAGAAAUGGAGUUGGGCUGGUCCUGGCUCGUCGCCACUUAUACCUCAACUCCCACACCCAGGGAUGAGCCAUGCGAGUGCUAUUCUCGCCCAAAUAAGUCAGUUAAACGGAGGUAACGGUACCUCAAUAGCCACUCAGAUUAGUGUUGCGAUUGGGUUUAACGCGGGUAUUUUAGGUAACCCUCUCAACGCCGAAGACGGUACUGGAGUCACCCCGCGUGGCAAGAUGUUCCUUGAAACUCCACGACAAGAUUAUGUUUUAUCCACCAAAGCUGCGAUCACGCUUCCACCACUUGCGAAACUCCAACCAAACGCCAUCCAAGAGCCUGCUGAGGAAUCAAGCUCCCAAGCUGAAUGGCGAAUGGGAGGUGUUUACUAUACCGGCCCCGCUACACCAAAAAAGAGAGGUAGGAAGACUCCUAAGAAGUCGGCGGCUAAGGUAGAUGAAAGUAAGAUUCACGAGCGUCGUGAAUGGUGGAUUGGAGGACGUAUGUCUCCGUUUAAGUUGAAGAAUGGGGAGAGGUUUAUCGUCUUCGAUCAGGAUGAUACCGUCUACUGCUGUGACUUUGGGCCGGUUGGGUGGUAG